GAGAUAUUGUAAUCCAUGAAUAAAGGGACCAUCCCCAACUCCGCUACGUGUUAAUCACAGAGCUACAAAAAGAUCUGAAAAUUCCGUUUCCUGUCUCCCCUCCCAGUGACAAGAAACGGUUCUCGACUUUAACUGCUUAUUUCACUGAACAAGAUGGAUUGCUUUAAAUUCCACGGUUGAACUGUGCAGGCGGAACGUCCUAAGGAGACAGAGCACUGAAGAAAAUCCUCAGGAAUCUGGCGACGCCGUUCGCCGGCUCUCUUCUAAAUGGCAACUGGAGGCAUCAGCGCAAGCAUUCUACCCCCGCGUCAGAUGCUGAAAGCGCCCAUGGUGCGGAAGAACAGUUUCUCUUAAGAAACUCGACAAAUCUCGCGUGAAGUCCACCCACCUUGGGAGUGGUUUGCUUUUCAACCUUCAAGCGCAAGGUGAACUGGCGUGUACUUCGCGCGGCAACCGCGUGUGUUGUGUCGAAGUGCCUGCCGAGCGAGUCCGUUGAAGAGAAAGGGCUGUUCCUCUGCCUUUGCCUCGUUUCCCUCCACUUCAGUCGUCCAGUGAAAGAAAGUCGACCGAAGAAAAUCCAGCAAAAUCCCUGCAUGCACACGGUUGUCUUUUGACUGUCGUGCGUGUCCAGCGGAGACCAGCUGUAGAAGUCGCUGUAUCUCGACGAUACACGAGACAGCUUUUUUCCUCAUUUGAGAACUCGAACACCCCGGAAAGGCAGAGGGAUUUCCCCAGUUACUCCUCGAGGCAGAGGCGUGCGUCCUCGCUGUGGCAGAAAAGUUCCUUUUCGCGAUUUGGUUCCUUCUUUGCCCGCAAGACAUCGCUGGCAGGUCGGCUUUCAGCACACACACACACACACACAUUCGAUUGUGCAGAACAUCCCACCGUUUAGAAGGAAGUCUUUUUUCGUGUCCUGCUUUUUACGGGCUUCCUCGUCCAUCGAAUCACCGUUUUUGUCCGGUAACAACGACCUUGGCUUGUGUCUGGUCACUCGAAAAGUUGCCGUUCCUUCUACCCCCCUGGCCGUCUCUCGUCUUUCUCCGUUUCGAUACCGGAGCUUCUGCUGCAUCUCAAGCGUUUCCUAUUCCUUUUCUUGAGGCAGAAUUCCUGGAGAGAGGCAGUCGCCGGAAGUUCGCAGAGUCUCCUCCAUCCGACGGGUCGGAGGACCCCGGCGUCGCCGGCCACCGCGAGUGCCGGCUGCCUCCCUCGUCGUUUUUUCGCGUUUUUCCUCUGGGCGCGUGUUUUCUUAGCUUCGCAGAGAACCGCGCAGAGAAACUUCGCCGGUCGGACCCUCGCGUCCUGCUCAUGUGUGACGAGAACCUUCCCUCUACCGCCGCAGACGAAACUCGCCGUCAACCGCUCCGUCCCCAAAAUGAGGGCAGUCGCCGCGCCCACGCCGUCGCCUUUCUCUUCGGUUCUCCUCGUUCUAUCCUCGGAGAAACGCCUCCACUUGCAGAAGCCGUCCUCGGGAGGCUCUUCUCUCUCCUCAGAGAAUGAAGCCGGACGCGCCUCGCUCGAGUUCCUCGCCGACGCCGGCAUGCCGCUCGCCUCGCUGCUGGCGAUACACUCCAUUUUGACCAGCAGCGGCCUCUCCUACCAGAUUGCGACUCCUGCUGGCGCGCCGCCGUCGAUCUGUAGCUUCGACUCGCUCUCGGAUCUGGACGCGAGUUGUCUGCCGAGCGCCCUCCUCGAGAAGCUGAAGACCCCCCUCCCCGUCCGAAGCGUCGCACUCGAGCACUUUGGUGGCGUCCUUUUUCCUCACUCACUCGGCGCAGCCGUGGACCUCUUCAACAGCUCUGCGCUCGGCGCCUUGGUGCACUCGCUGUCGGCCGACAAAGUCGUCUGCAGCAUCGGCUAUGGAGGCUUCGCUCUCGCUGCGAAGAGACCGUCCGGUCUCAGAGAAGACAGCGCUGCUUCCAGAAACAAAGCGAGAGGAGGAGGCUCUUCUUUUCCCUUUGUCAACUACACAUUGACGGGGAUCAGUCCGUUCGACGAAUGCCGCUACCCGUUCUUUGGACAUCUGCCCUGCAUGCUUCAAGAGCUGCUGGAGAGUCUGGGCGCCACAUUCGCCUCCUUCGAGUGUAUAGACACCCCAGGAAUGGUGGUAGACCGCAAUCUGGUCUCGGGCGCCAACGACGCGAGCACCCCUCUCUGCGUGCAAACGUUCGCCCUUUUGCUGUGCUGUCGAAACGCGAGUUUCCUUGCGGAGAAGAACGCAGAGCGCGAGGCGCAGCAUCUGCGGGAGACGCGGGAGCGUCUGGGCUCUCUGGCUGUGCCUUCACGAGCGAAACGCGAAUCGGAAGAAGCGCAGCAGUGGGAGGCGGUAGGGAGUCUUGCUCAGCGUCUAGCUGGCGAGGCGUCGCUGACGACUGGAAAGGAAAACAACUGCAGAGUUUCGCCACGGAACGACCCCCGACGGGCAGCCCCUCGAGGUGUAUGUACACCCGAAGCAGCUGCUGGAAAAGGUGAGGGGUGUGGGGAAACCAGUUUCUGCCGAUUCGAGGCAGACGUCCAAGAGCAGAGAGAGAAACACGGUAGAGAGUCACGUCCCAGCUCUGCGAGGAGUCUCGCUGAUUUGUCGGCAGAGAACCUUGGACGCAGCGGUGCUUCGGCGACAGGAGAGGCGCCGACUCCAGUCGAAGAGACGCCCGACGCAUGGGGAGGCUUUCAGCGCUCUGAGAGGACGCCUGAAGUGAGCGCGUCCACGAACUCUCAGGACGGCAACUCGGAUGCCUGCGUCGAUGCUGAGACGACGAGAUGCCGCAGGCCUCUUGCCUUUUCAGAGGCGCUUGGUCAAAGGCCAGAACUUUCCAAGAGUUGCCAAGCGACUUUGCUUGACGUUUCCACGGAGAGUCGAGCGAGCGCGAGCGAAGGUCUUCCAAAUGCAGCCAGGCCUUUCCCUCGCGCUUCAGCUUUCGACAGCAGUCUCGAUGUCGCGUUGCAGAGGCCUCGAGAAGUCGACGCGCGGCGCGCGCAACCCGCAGAUGUCUCCGCGGAAGACGGGGGCGUCUCUGUGCCUCAGUCGACUCAGCGACUCGGCGAGACAAAUACGUUCGCCUCGCGCAUGCGUUCGGAACUUGAGCCUGUGGCGUUUUCCUGGGUGUCCGGAAGCGGUGACGACGCCGUGGUCCGCAGGCCGUCGACAGAGAAAGAUGCCGCGCAGAGUGCAUGGAGAGCGGAGUCAAAGACGUCUGUCGGUGCCGGCUCUCAGGAGUGGAGUGCUUUGCAAGCAGAGAAAGCUGUGUGUGAGAACGCGCGCUCUGGCGGCGGCGCUUUCCAGUUUCUUGAUCCGCAAGCGUUCUCGCCUUUCGCGCGUGGCGAGGACGACGCACAGCUUGCGACCGACGGGGCUUUCGUCUCAGCGGGUGACCGCGGAUUCGUUUCUCUGGAGAAAGGCGAGAACUCGAGCACCGUCACGAGCUCAGCGGUCGCUGCUGGGGUCUUCAGUCUUCCUGGCGGAAGCCGCGCAGAAGAACACAGCCCUGGGAGAGACAGCUGGGCAGGCUGCGAGCUCGAAGAAGAUCUGUUUUCUUUCACUGCCAGCACGAAGGAGCGGGAACCAAAAGCGACAGAGGAGAAGACGGCAAACGUCUUUGCGAGCGCGUUCCCUGAGCAAGAUCUCUUUCAAAUGCACCGGGCGGGUGCACCCGCGGAAGUUUUCCGGCCCUAAAAAGCGAACAAGGACGUGGAAAGGAUCCGAGGAAACUGUGGGAGGAGGGACAGCGUGCGACGUCGACGCUGAAGCGAGAAGGUGGAAUCCGUGGUAGAUGCUUUCAAAAGUCUUCGCGGGCGGGAGGCCUUGUCGCUGUAAAAACGGACUGGCCAGAUUCGCAUUCAGAUGGUCUUCACGCUCUGCUUGACUGUUCGCUGGUUUCUUCGAAAGACUCUCGCUGUGUCGUCGUCUCUUUUCAGAGGGCGACUACACAGCGAAGUUGUCCACGAUUCACAGCUGUUCUGCGCUCAUCCCAAACGUCACUUCGCGGACGAAAGAUUCAGAGGAUUCAGAGGGUGAUCUCCCAGAGGGGAACGGAGUUGACGAAAAGUCCGAAACUCCAGGCUGCGUCUCGAGCCGUUUCUGCGAAAGACAACCGCUACAGGGACAAGAGACGCAGCGAAAAAGCAAAGGAUUUUUUCGCGGCGAAGCGACGCAUGAGAUGUCAACUUGUGUACCGAAGAGAUGGAGAGGAGUUUCCAGGAAAUACUGGACCUGUGUUUAGCACCUGAAGACGUGGAAGUUGUGGGUUGUCUGUCUCGCGUGGAGAGCUGACGCGACAGAAACUACAAAAGAUGUUUUAGAGUUGGAUUUCACCUCUCCAUUUUCAAGAAAGGGAAGGCUUCAAGGUACAUGGACAUCGCUUCUUUUAAUUGAACUGCGCCUGAAAAGAGGAGCGUCUUUAGAGAAUUUACAGGUGAAAGUUUUGAUUUUUAAAACUCUUUAGAAAAUAUCCCAACGUCUCGGUCACCACUUCUCUUGGCCUG